AUGAUAGUUGAUGUUUCUCAUCCCUCCUUCGAUGUCUCUACCCUCUCUAAACUUGGAUUCCCAUCUGAUCCCUUUUCCCUCCCAGUACACUCUGACUACCUAAUAUCCUUCUCCAGACAUUUGGCCUCCAGCAGGCGCCACCAUAUCCGUUGCCAUUGCUGCCCUUCGUGUCUCGGACGACACCCUCUCAUACCUCCGGUGCUAGCCUCCAACACCUUCUACGCCGCCCUCGCACAACAGAGACUUUGGUUAGGUUAUGAGUUACAUGUGGUGGUGAUAGUGUUCGACAAUGGUGGUGUGUAUGGUGGUGACCGGAUAAACCCUAAAGAAGUUAUGGGGCCUGUUGUUAUAAAUGUCACUAUUGACAUUGACCAUAGAGGGAACAAAAUAUUGUAA